AUGGAGGUGCAAUCGCGCCACCGGAGCAAGAGUGGAGCCAUCGAGCGCCCUCUCGCCUCCUCCCGGGUCCUCGACUUCACCGACCGCGACUUCGGACGCGGCCAGGCGCCGGCGCGGGCCGCGGCCGCCACGGUGAGCUACUCUCUCCGGCUCCACGCCGAGCGCUGUGCGCCGCUCGACGUGUUCCGCGUGGCGCUUACGUCGCCGGCGCAGGGCACGGGCGCCGGCGCGUUCGAGCGGGACGUCGGCGCUUGGGUCGCGUCCGCCGUGGCGGGGGGCGCCAGGGAGGUGGAAAUGGACCUGAGGCCGCCGCCGACAAAACGGGGCGCCGUUGACGAAAGCGCGGCGUUCGUGGAGCUCCCUGGCGACCUGUUCGUGGCCACGAACUCGCUGGCGCGCCUCGCUCUCGGCGGGUUCAGCCUCCGCACCGUCCCGGCCGGCGCGGCCGGGCUCGCGGGUCUCCGAUCGCUCUCCCUCAGUCACGCCGACGUCACAGGCGAGGCGGUUCGCGGUGUCGUGUCCAGUUGCCGCGCGCUGGAGUUCCUCAGCCUGAGCAGCUGCAACCUGCUGAAAUCAGUUAGGAUCGCCAGCGAGACGCUGCGGGUCCUGGAGAUCGUGCGCUGCCCGGCCGUGCGGGAGCUCCGGGUCAACGCGCCCGCGCUCGAGUCGUUCGCCUUCCACGGCGACACAGUCUACUCGAGCGACUACGACGACCUCUCUUCUGCCGUCGACCUGGGCUCCACGCCGGCUCUGCGGCAGGCGUACCUUUCUCACAUCGGCUUCGACGACGACGUGAACGCGUACCAGGAUCGCGAGUACGCCUACUCCAACUUCUUGAGCUGCGUCGCUCAUGCCCGGGCUCUGACGCUCUGUUCCGUCGGCUUGCUGCAUUUGUGGGCACAGCUAGGUUACGAUGAGUGCGUGGACAUUGAUAUGACGAACAUACAAGAGCUGCAGCUGCUGCUGUCCUCGGAAGGUGAAGACGACGACCUCCAGAGCUUCGCCUCUUUCUUCCAGCUCAACCCGCUUCCACUCCUGGACCGCUUGUUCGUCAGCGUCCCCAGCCACACUACCGAUGCAAGCGACGCGGCGGCAGCACUGGCCGGCGAGGUCGUCGACGACUCAAGAAUGAUGAUUCCCGGCUACGCGAUCGUCCCCGUCGACGACUCAAGAAUGAUGAUUCAACACUUCGACUUCGUCCUUGACCACCUGAGUUUCAUCAAGCUGGUGAAUUUCCGAGGGACGAGGUUCCAGCUGCAGCUGCUGGCCUUCCUCCUGAAGAGGGCCCCUGCCCUGGAGCAGCUGGUGCUGGUCACGGUGGGAGAAGAGGGAGGAGCUCCGGUAGAUGAGCACGUCAUCCAAGGCUGGGUGUCGGGGAUGCGGAAGGCAUCGGCAGAGGCUCAGCUCACCGUGUGCCGGUCGAGCGAAGAUCGCAGCCAGAAUCCUGUGCACACGAGGUUCUACCACGAACUCGAAGAGUAA